GUUGACGUUUGCCUUCGAGUGCACACGAAUUCGCUUCCAAAAUAAAUAAACACGUCGUGCUUUCUGCCAGCAAUAAAAUAGAUAAUGCAGUGUAAAAUCUUGUGCUAAGUGAAGCAAACUGGUGCUGCAUGUGAUCGCCAAUCGCGAAACUGUAUAGUUUGUGUUAGCUAGCGAAAAACAGAGGAAAUCCCCGAAUCAUGUCUCGUCACCGAAAUGUACGCAACGCAGUCUACGACGAUUACGACGACGAUGAUUAUCAGUACGGACACUCGGUGGAGGAUGAAUGCAUCUCCCCGACCGAUGCACAGCAAUGGAUCUACGACCGUGCCAAAGGUCAGCAGAGUAUGUCCGAGUUUCUUGCCAACAAUCGCGACAUCGAAGAAGAAGACGACGAUGAACUGGCGGCGGAAAAUGUACGCGACGGUGCAGCACACAAACGGCGCGAUUCCGAGUGCUUUCAAAUGCCGGAUCUGAACGAUGAAGAUCGCGCACGGUUGUUGUCCUGUAUGGAUGAAAUCCGUGAUAUCGUGGGUGAAACGUGCAGUGACCGCCAGAUGGUGGAGGCAAUCAUGAAGCACGACUACGACUGCAGCAAGGCGCUGGACGAGAUACUGAACAGCAACAAGACGCCACCCGCGCUUGUCGCGAAAUCAGGAAGCAAACUAACGGCUGAUACGAUGGAAAAAGGCAUCGGUGAGCGGUUGCUAGAACGCUCGGGAAAGAUGCUUCAAUCGACGCUCCACAACGUACCGAUCAUUGUUGCAACGCCAACACCAAUCGAAGCUCGGCCUGCUGGCGGUGAUGUGGCGUCGACUGUUGUAAUCACUCCGAAUCCGUCGGUGGCUAAAAAAACGCUCGCAUUUGAGGUGAACAGCCCACGCGUGCAGUCUCCCUGCGUGUCCGGCCGCAAUACGCCCGAAAUUACGGACGAAGCUCGACAGCUGCAGCAACAAUCGCUUAAGGCAACUCCGAAGGAACCGGUGCGAAAUGCGAAGGAACUGUUCAGCAAGGAGCGCGGCACAAGGAAGGAUCACAUUCAUAUGGUGGUGAUUGGCCACGUGGAUGCGGGCAAGAGCACGCUUAUGGGCCAUCUGCUGUACGAUACCGGGAACGUUUCGCAGCGCGUCAUGCACAAACACGAGCAGGAGAGCAAAAAGCUGGGCAAGCUGAGCUUCAUGUAUGCCUGGGUGCUGGACGAAACGGGCGAGGAGCGGGAACGAGGCAUUACGAUGGACGUCGGGAGUACGCGGUUCGAGACCACAACGAAGGAGAUUACACUGCUAGAUGCCCCUGGCCAUAAGGAUUUCAUUCCAAACAUGAUAUCGGGAGCGAAUCAGGCCGAUGUGGCGUUGCUGGUGGUUGACGCUACGCGUGGCGAAUUCGAAACCGGAUUCGAACAGGGUGGACAAACGCGGGAGCACGCACUGUUGGUGCGCUCUCUUGGCGUCAGCCAGCUCGGUGUGGUCGUAAACAAACUGGACACAGUCGGAUGGUCUAAGGAACGGUUCGAUGAGAUCGUUAACAAGCUGAAGGUGUUCCUCAAGCAGGCUGGCUUCCGAGAUGCGGACGUCACGUACGUCCCUUGCUCGGGACUUACCGGCGAGAAUUUGGUUAAAGAUCCGACCGAUCUCGGAUUGAUUCAGUGGUACGAUGGACCGACUCUUUUGAAAGUGAUUGAUUCCUUCAAAACACCGGAACGUGCGAUCGACAAACCGUUCCGCCUGUCGGUGGCAGACAUUUUCAAAGGCACCGGGUCCGGCUUCUGCCUGUGCGGUCGUAUCGAAUCCGGUAUGGUGUGCGUAAACGACAAGGUGCUGGUGUGCCCCAGCAAGGAGCAAGCCGUCGUCAAGAACAUCACAAUCGAUGAGCUACCUCAACAGACCGCCUUCGCUGGCGAUCAGGUAUCGCUAACGCUGGCCAACGUUGACAUCAACACCAUCUCGGUCGGGUACAUUCUGUCCGACCUUUACCAUCCGGUUCCGUUGGCUACGCGGAUACUCGCGCGCAUCGUUGUGUUUAACAUUAAGGUUCCGAUUACGCGGGGCUAUCCGGUGCUGCUGCACCAUCAGUCGCUGAUCGAGCCGGCCACGAUUCGGAAGCUUAAGGCACAGCUGCACAAGGGCACCGGGGAGGUGCUUAAGAAGAAUCCUCGCUGUCUGGGCAACAAUUCGUGCGCAUUGGUUGAGAUUGAAUUUCAGCGACCGAUCGGCAUGGAGCGGUAUGCGGAUUUUAAGGAUCUGGGAAGGAUUAUGUUGCGCGUGGAGGGUGUCACGAUUGCUGCCGGCUUGGUAACGGAAAUCGUUAAGUAAGAACGACGAAGCAAAAAUCUUCCCUCUCAUACUGUUUCGCUUUGAAUGUGCUGUGUUUCGUCGUGCGGAGGAAUAAAACUAUUUGCGAAGGACGGAACCCCCCGUCAUUGCGGAAUCGUU